CGAUUAACGUAUAUCCGAAUUCCCAAUCUCACAUUCUACAUUCGGGAAUUGGAGCAAGCCGAAUAUAUCUACUGCACUCACAAAAAUAUCAGAGCCAUCUGCCCGAUUCAUCGUUUGCCUCCUCUUCUUCGACCUGUGCUCUGAGCUUCAGAUCUCCGGUAAGCUUUCGAUCCCUUCCUUCAUUGUCUACUGCCUCCGUUUUUCUAAAUCAGACUCUUCAUUCUCCCGAUAAAGGCGAAGAAAGCCAGAAGCUGUUAAAAUUGGCAGAUGUUUUGUCUUAUUAUUCAUUACUGAAAUUUGAAUUUCGAUGGUUUACUAGUUUAUUAGUCCGUUUAUUGAAUCUUUGAAUGCUACGUUUAGUUUUAUGUUUCUGAUUGUGUCAGAAUCUGUUUUUUUACUGCACUCAUUUGGGCAUCCCGCAGUUGGGAUUUGGAAUCCGAAUUUCUCCGUCUCCCAAUCUGCUGGCGGAAACGUCCUGGCAGCAAUAAGUGAUAUUUGAGAAUGGGUAAUGCUUCUUCAAUGUUAACCCAGUAUGACAUUGAAGACGUCCAAGACCACUGUAACCAUCUCUUUAAUCAGCUAGAAAUACUGUCACUGUAUCAGAGGUUCUGCCAGCUUGAUAGGAGCGCGAAGGGGUUCAUAUCAGCUGAUGAGUUUCUGUCGGUUCCCGAGUUUGCCAUGAAUCCCCUCUCCCAGAGGUUGCUCAAGAUGGUAGAUGGAUUAAACUUCAAGGAGUUUGUAGCUUUCUUGUCAGCCUUUAGUGCCAAAGCAAGCAUGAGGCAAAAGGUUGAACUUAUCUUCAAGGUAUAUGAUUCUGAUGGGAAUGGGAAGGUCUCAUUCGAUGACAUGAUUGCAGUGCUUCAGGAUUUAAGUGGUGCAUACAUGUCUGAUAAACAAAGAGAGGAUGUUUUGAGCCGUGUUUUGCACGAGGCUGGUUAUACAAGGGACUCCUUAUUAUCUGUGGAUGACUUUAUUAAGGUGUUUGAUCAUCCUGGCUUGAAGAUGGAGGUGGAGAUCCCAGUUGACUAGCAGCACCAAUUCUUGUUAUUCUACAACAGUACAGCUGCAGAGUCUGCAGACUGCAGUGGAGUUUUGAGUUCAUGUUGUACUAACAAAUAGUCGUUUUUUUUUGUUUUACAUUCCCUCCUUUUUUUAUUUUUUCAGGAAAUAAUACAAGUAUGUGUGAUUUACAAAAGAUUAUGACACUUUUGGACUUGUUUGGUUGGAGAAUUUGGGGAGGGGAGCAAGAGAAGUAAAGCCGUAAAGGUGUGGUGCGCAAACACACACACACAUUAUAUGAAAUUUAUUUCAACUAACCCGCUAUGUUUCUGCUAUUUUACCUCAAUGUCCAAAUAUAGCUGUUUUGGAAACACACAUAUAAAUUUAUUUUACCUAAACGGCUAUGUUUCCACGAUAUACUAGCAAUGGGCCAUGUUUAAAAAGUUUUUAAAUCCCCAUGGUUGAGCAAAGGUUGCAGGUUUUAUGUGUGAUUGCUACGUUCGGCUCAAUAUUCUCCCAGAUUGUAUUAUGUCAUCUAUGAACUACUCCGUAUGAUUUUGUCGAUUGAAGUUGAGUUGGUUAUUGUCAAAAAAAGUAAAUCUACAACUCAUUAUUUCUGUCAGUUCUUAACC